AUGCAGUCGAUAUCGAAUGAGAAGAGCGACCUUGAGGACAACAUUAGUCACUCGAAAGAACUAGAGGCGGUGACGGUGGACAACCGGGAGUCGCAGGGCACGGUCCCCGUCGCGGGUGACGCCGUCUUCGGUGUUAACGCGGACGGACCCAAGUGCGCUGAGUGACCCAUCGAAAAAAAACGAGAUGGAAGCCAAUUAAGACACUUAUUCAUUUUUACCGUUUGCAGUUACCUCAACGUCGGAUGGAUCAGGGCAGCUGUCUUUUUGAUGUGAGCGGGCUUUCCGCCGAGUGUGCCCCUCUCCGAAAAUCCACUCACCUGACCACACGAGCGAAUGCAGGAAAGCGCAGAUCGGGCUCGGAGUCUUGGGUGAGUCAAUCAGUGUGCUCUUCAUGUGAAUAGCGGUUGCUGAACGGUGCUGAUGCACGAGCUUGCCAUCUCGUAAAUACGCAGGGAUACCUCAAGUAAUGUCGACAGUCGGACUGUUCCCCGGUCUUUUUCUCAUCAUCAUCCUUGGUGUGAUGACCAUCUGGAGCGCCUACGUGGUGGGAGUGUGAGUAAAAUUAUACCAUGUCCUCGCUCAAACAUAUUACUGCUCGUGCGCACUGAGAACAUGGCACACCGUCUAGAUUCAAGCAGCGUCACCCUGAAUGCCACUCAAUCGCGGACGCCGGUUUCGUGCUCGGCGGCCGGGUUGGACGAGAAGCCCUAGGGAUUAUGUGUUCGCUCUGUGAGUGACCAUGUUCCAGCAAGGCCGCCUUAAUAGUUGUGUAUUCUUGACAUGUUGCUACCGCCUGUAGUCAUGCUGUGUGUUUGCGCCUCUGGUUUACUCAGCAUCUCCAUCGCUUUCAAUGCGCUCUCAAGCCACGGAGCGUGCACCGUCGGUUUCGUCAUCGUGGGGGGCGUCAUCGUCUACAUUCUCGCGAGCAUCCGCACCAUCGACAAGCUUUCAUUCCUCAGUUGGGUCGGGUUGGCUUCGGUACUAUCUGCGCUCUUCACGCUUGCCGUCGCUGUCGGCGUCGAAGAUAGGCCUGCCGCAGCACCUCCGACCGGACCAUGGAGCAAGAAUCUUCGUCUUUUCGGCAACCCAUCAUUCGCCGAUGCAUCAAGUUCGAUUGGUACCCUCGUCUUUGCCUUCAGUGGGGCGCCAGCGUAUUUUACCGUCUUCUCCGAGAUGCGCGAGCCCAAGGAUUUCCCCAAGACUAUCGCCCUAUGUCAGAGCGUCAUAACGACCGUGUUCAUCCUCCUUGGAGUGAUCGUCUGGUUCUUCUGCGGCCAAUACGUUGCAUCCCCUGCUUUGGGUUCCGCGGGAGCAGUGAUGAAGAAGGUUUGCUACGGUCUUGCUCUACCUUCGCUCAUCAUAGGGUUCGUCUCGCCGCUGUUUGCAGUUUUUGCUCGCACUGGCUUUGCAGCUACUGACCCGUCGGCACCUCGCAGAUCCGUCAUCUACCUCCAUCUGACGGCGAAAUACUUCUUCGUUCGCGCGCUACGAGGCGGUCCACAUUUGAACUCAAAUAGCUCAACUCACUGGAUCACCUGGCUCUCACUCAUGCUCGGCUGCGUCACGUUCGCCUUUUUCGUCGCCGAGGCGAUCCCCGUCUUUGGUGGGCUGAUCGGAUUGAUCGGAGCACUCUUUGGCAGCUUGAUGAGUAUGCACGUUAUGGGUGCUAUGUGGUUUUACGACAAUUUUGGGCGUCGACACGAGGACAAAUCCUGGAGGUUCAGAGCGCUGGUGGCGUGGAACGUGUACUUGAUCGCCGCCGGGACGUUCAUCAUGAUUUCAGGGUAAGCCGCGACAUUGAUUGACCCUCCCUCAUGAUUUUCCAUUUUGCAAUUAUUUUGUUGCCUCAUCUAACAUCACAGAUCAUAUGCGUCCAUCAAGUCUAUCAUCGACGAUUAUGCGGGCAAAACCCUGUCCGUUUUCAGCUGCGCAGACAACUCGCAGUGA